CCCAAACUGUCUUAGUAUAAUGUCAAAUGAGACUUUUGCAAAGUAGAUAAACUUAUCAUAAACAAAACAGCUAAUUAGAUUAAAACCCAACUGAAUACACCCAUAGCGGCGAGAGUUCAAAGUUUGUUGCCCCAUUCGCUCUCACCGUAACAUUGGCAUCGAAAACCAUCUAAACGUAAUUAAUUACAAUUAACUACGUAUAAUGGGUUUCGAUAUUCGCCAUGUCAAUGAUCUCACCGUGCGUUGCCAUGGCUCGUACUCAUAGAUAGUGGAGCAGCCGCCGCGUGCGCAGGCAUAUAGUGUUGCAAGUGAUGUUACGGUUUAACGGACUCGAUAUAAAUGGACGUUGACAUUUCGUAACUCCAUGUCUCUUUGAGAUGCCCUGUUCAUAUGGAGUCAUAGCAUCCAGGCUAGAAGAAUAUGAAGUGGCUAUGUCCUUUACUCCUAUUUCAUAUAAUAGCCAUUGAAAAGGUUCAUUCACAACACAUAGAGUUUGCAAAUAACAAACACGAUUUGGUCAUUACUGGAGAAUAUAAAAAAGGUGCCUAUUUCAAAGUGCCAUCUUAUUCGCCUUGGAGCGGUUGGGGCGCCUGCCGCAAUGGAAGGAGGGUGAGAAAGAGACAUUGCUUACGUCACCAAAUUUGCGGGAACGCUCUACGGAUAGAAGUUGCAAGUUGUCGAAGACACGCGCCACGUAUGAAGAUUCUAGCGCGAGGGAAGAUCGACAAUCAUCAUGAUAUGUACGAUCAAAAUCACGGCCUAAAAAUGAGUUAUCAAACAAAGCAAUUGGAUUCCAAUGAUGUUCAAAGGAAAUUUAGAGGAUUUUCACCUUGGAGUGCUUGGAGUUCCUGUUCAAGACGAUGUACUACAGUGCGACGCAGGUAUUGUCAGAGAAGCAUGUUUUGUGGUCGCAAAGUGAUCAAGCAGUCGGCCUAUUGCUACGUAGAGGGUAGCUACUGUCAACAUUGGAUCAGAACCAGGAUGCAGAGGCGAAAGGAUCCAGGGUAUGGUUACAAAGUAAUUGAAUCAAUGUCGCCUCCAGUACCUGUGAUACACAAAGAAGACUCGCGUAUUAUGCCACCAGCGCCGGUCGAAUGCGGUCGUAUAGGCCGCUACAGAGGCUCAGCUUCGGGGCGUAUGAAAUCUCGAAUGAGGGACAUGGUCCGAAUAAUAGGUGGAAGGCCUGCACCCCCCGGCAAAUGGCCUUGGCAAGUUGUUGUACUGAAUCGGUAUAAGGAAGCUUUUUGCGGCGGCACCAUUGUAUCGCUACGGUGGGUUGUGACUGCAGCGCACUGCGUGAGAAAGAAGUCGUACGUUCGACUAGGAGAACACGACCUACUGAUACGAGGACCUAGGGAGCUAGAAAUGAGGGUCACUGAAGCAGUCAUCCACCCGCGGUACGACCCUGACACUGUGGUCAACGACGUUGCUAUGUUGCGCCUACCUUCACCUGCUCGACCAGAUCUCGGCCAUGGUAUAGCGUGUUUGCCUCGGCCCCAUCAAAUAUUGCCACCCCACACUUCCUGUGUUAUAUUAGGCUGGGGUAAAAAGCGACCCACCGACGUCCACGGUACAAGGCUACUACAUGAAGCUCAGGUGUCGACUAUUCAACAAGGCGUCUGCCGUCGUUCGUACUGGCAGUACGCUAUAACUGAUAACAUGGUGUGCGCGGGGCGCGGGCGCAGAGAUUCUUGCGCAGGCGACUCUGGUGGGCCGUUGCUAUGCAGAGACCAUGACAUGCGGUAUUACUUACAGGGAAUAACGAGCUUCGGUGAUGGCUGUGGAAAGCGCGGCAAAUAUGGCAUCUACACUCGCACCGCUGGAUACGUCAGUUGGAUGAAAGAAAUUAUGAAUAACAAGUACUUUGACUGAACUUAAGAAAUAAUGCUUAUAUUCUUAAGCCCCAAUGAAAUUGCUGUACUUAAUCGCUCCGAUAAAUAUAAUGUACCUAUGAAAUUGUUUUCUUUUUGUCACUGUUGUUAUGACAUUUUAAGAAUGAAUAUAAAAAUGUAGUUUCUACAAAAAAUACAAGAAAUAUGACGGCAGAAAAUAACAGUUAGGGUAUUGUAAAAACCUUAAGCUAUAAUAUGAAAAACUUCUCGAGAAGCACAAUUUCAAAGGUAGCUUCUAUUUUAAUAUCGACUAAUGACAAUUGCGAUACCUACUACUGAACAGUUAUUGUUCAGAUAUACCUUUGAUAUUAUAAAUAAAAUCAUUUGUUACGUAAAAUAUAUUAAAGCUUAAGAGCUGAAAUUAAUCACAGCAUUUCAACAGUUCCGACAUUUGAAUGAGGUAUUUGAGAAUGAGAUGAUGAGCUUGAGUGGAAUAGAAAAUCAAGAAAAUUUUAUUUCAACAUUUACUUUGAACUUCAAGUGUUAUUAUUAAUUUUAAUGAAUAUUUUUGAAGUGAAAACUCUUUAGCGGCGUUGUAUACUUUUUUUGUGUGGGUAAAAAAUGUUAAACUCACGUCAGGUUUUAAACACGUGGGCUGAUCGCAUCAUGACACACAAUAAAAUUGGAAAAGUUGUUGACUUUCAUUAUAUUGGACGAAACAUAGUAAUAUUUUAUUUUAUCGUAUUAUAAUAAUAAGUUUCUAUCUAGGACGUCCACGUGGCAGUUUUAUUGCGAAGAAAAUGCAUUUUUUUACAAUAGAUGUCGCUAGGUGCGCUUAAAUGUGAUUCAUGUAAGUAGAUUUCUUUACAAUAGAUGUCGCUAAGUGCGCUUAAACGUGAUUCAUGUAAGUUGAUUUUUCUGAGAGAUAAACUUUUUUAAUGUAAUAUAAAUUGUCAUGUUUGUGUACGAUAGCCCAAUAAAUAAAUAUUGUAUUUUACCACAUAUAUAAUAGUACUUUUAUACUGAAUAAUUAAAGCAAUUCGUGCAAAAUUAUUCCAUAACCAUUCCAAAAUAUCAAAAAUGCACAAAGUUAAUAUUCAAGUUUUCUCUUCUGCCGGCACUCCCGGAGUGGAACCCGUCGUUUUUUUUUGUAAUAAGUAUGUCCAGUCCAGUGAAUAAAUUAUUGUUUAUAUCAAAGCAUUAUCCCCCUUAUUAAUAAACUAAUGGCGCGAUUACACUUUGUCGCUAGCCCGAAUACGAGUGGCAAUGGAAAUCUGAUAAACAACUAAGUGUAAUGAACGGAGUCGAGUACGCCCGUAUUCGGGUAGAUUUCCUUUUGUUUACCCGACACCGUCUUCCAGCGCGUAUUCCAGUGCAAAUAUUCCUUUGGGCGGCCGAAUGCCAUUAAUGUUAUAUUUUUUAAGCUUUUAACUGCUAGAUGUUUAAAUGUAAAGAAAAGUUUACUACUUACAAAAAAAUCCACGCGGAACAGGCAGCAGACCGCACUGGAACCAGCACCCUUCGCUAUCUGGGCGAAUGCACUAAUCAUUAUGCUACCGUGGCCCUGAAGACCUUGUCGAAUUUUCUCCAGCCUUUCGUGCACCCGAAUACGGGCUAACGAC